UAUCAAAUUGAUGAAAUUAAAAAAAAAUUCUUCAGAAUUAAACAAAUUUAAAAGCGUUCGUCGCUACAAUUGUAGAUAAUUUUCGGCGCACGCAUUGCACCGUUUUCAAAAGUGAUGCGCAUCAGUGAUGUCUGCUAGAUAACCUCGUGGUGCAUCAUCUGUGUUACGAAGUUUUAGACAUUUCAAAAGUAAACAUUCCAUUUGAAAAUAAGACAUAAUUCGUAAAGAAAAAAUAAAGAAAACAUGGAACGUAUUAUUGAGCAACAAGUGAAUUACUUAAACUCUUGUAAAUCUUGCUUAAGAACAAAAGAUGGGAAAGGAGCCGGCCUCUUGAAUAUGCUUUUAUCACAAGCCUGUAGAGGAAAAGUGCCCAAUAGUCGACUGCCAAAGGAAGAAUAUGGACCUAAAAAUAUGUGUGAAUAUUGUGGUUGUUUAUGGUCCCAGAGUCAGCCAAAAGUCAGAAUUAUCUCUGGAAAAAAACCUUCAAAAUCCAUAUUGAAAAUUAUAAAAGCCAAAGAAUCGAAUAAACCCAUAUCCAAGAUUCAAAAAUCUUUGAUGAAAAAGGCUUUGAAGAAUAAAAAGCAGACUGUGGCGAUGACAUGCAAUGUGUGUUUGAAAACCACAAAAAUCUAUUCCCAUAGACCAGACAAAGUAAAAGCCAAAAAAGAAAAGAUCGAGGAGUCCGUUGUUCUACAAUCGAGCAAGAAAAAAAAGAAAAAGAAGGAUAAAACAGCAGGUUUGAAUUUAUCAGGCAUUCUGCCAUCUCCAUCUCCAUUGCCAUUAGAAGAAGUGAAAAAACCUUUACCUCCAAAACAGAACAAUGGACAAACACCCUUACAAAAAAUUAGAGCAAUAAAUUUACUUAAGGCAAAGGAAGUUAAAAAUCUGAAAGACAAAGGAAAAAAGAAAUCAGUAGGAAAAAGUUUGAACGAUUUUCUCAAAGAAAUUUAUUAACUUCGUAGCAUAGACUAAGAAAAAAUCUUUGCAGAUGUUUAUAUCUACAAAUUAUGGUUUAUAUAUAUAAUAUAUAUAUCUUAAAAAUACUUCUUACACUUAGGAACAAUUACAAUGAAUAAAGUAGGCAGCUCGGUGAAUAUCACUAAUCUUCAUAAGAACUU